CAAACGAACAAACAAACGAACGAAAAAACCACUAAUUGAAUUCAAUCAUUUUUUUUCAUUUCUUUCUUUUUCAGCCAGCCAACCAAAAGUGUAAACACCAAAAACAUGAAUUCGAUUGUAUUGUUUUCAGCCAUAUUUUUACUAACAUUUUCCGGUUCCUGUUUGGCCAUUCUUGAUGCAUUCUCAUCAUCAUUGGAUGGUUCGAAUGGUGGAUAUUCAUUACCGAAAAGUGUCAACAAUUAUGAACUUCAUGAUUCAUGUUUGAUUGAAUUACGAAAACAAAUGAAUCUGGAAAAACAUGCCAGUUUAGUUUAUAAACAAAUGGCAUUUCAUUUUGGCAGUGUAAAAGUUGUACGACCUGGAUUUGCAAAAAUUUUCGAACAUCAUUCAAAUGAAGAACAUGAACAUUCAAAUAAAUUUAUUAAAUAUAUUGAUUUACGUGGUGCUACAAUCGAUAGUUUUAAUAUUACUAUGCCCCAAAAAACAUCAUGGACAAGAGUUUUGGAAGCAGUUGAAGAUGCAAUCGAUUUAGAACAUUAUGUUACAAAUGAAAUUAUCCGUAUACAUCGUAUUGCUGAAAAAACAUGCAAAGAUAUUCAUCUUAUGAAUUUUCUUGAAAAUGAUUUUAUUGAUGAACAAAUAUCAUCGAUUAAUAAAUUAAUGAAAUUGGCAACAUUAUUACGAUCAAUUGGUAACGAUGGUUAUGGUGAAUAUCUUAUUGAUCGAGAUUUUUUUAACGGAAAAUUAUCAUUAGACGAACUUUGAAGGACAAAUACC